AUUUUGGACUCGCCCUACAAACUAGUAGCUGGUUGGUUAAAAGUUGGCCUCAUUUAAAUAGCAACUGAACGAAUGCGCUACAAACUACAAAAUGGAAUAUUCUACUUCACAAGUCAACUCUCGGGCGUUUACCGCAAAUUCUAGCUACGGAAAUUUAGCCUACGCAACACUGAAUGGUUACACAGAACCUUCAAUUGGUUCUAAUUUAGAGGAGUCCGCAAAAGCUAGAAGAAAAGACGAAAGUACCAUGGAUGAUAGCGGAGUAGACGAUUCCAGUCCGCACAAAAAUUCCUCUCCGGAAACUAAGGAAGAUUUAGAUAAGGAAAAGAAAUGUAGAAGAUCUGAGAAACCACCUUAUUCGUAUAUUGCUCUUAUUGUUAUGGCAAUACAAGCGUCUCCGAGUAAAAGGUGUACUUUAAGCGAAAUUUAUCAAUUUUUGCAGUCUCGAUUUUCAUUCUUUCGGGGACAGUACCAGGGUUGGAAGAACUCGGUCCGUCAUAAUUUGUCAUUGAACGAAUGUUUCAUAAAAUUACCUAAAGGCCUCGGUAGACCAGGCAAAGGCCACUACUGGACAAUCGACCCAACCGCUGAAUUUAUGUUUGAGGAGGGUUCUUUCAGAAGAAGACCCCGUGGUUUUCGCAGAAAGUGUCAAAGCGCUCUUAAGCCCUUUGGAAUGCUAGCUGCACCUCCUCCUGCCCCACAUUCCAGCACGACGAAUUUGGCGCCGACGAUGCUCACCUCCUAUGAUAUGAUGACUCAACAGACCGCUCAUGCUGUAAAUCCCUAUGACUACAAUUAUCAUCAUCAUCAGGCGACUUCUGGGUUACCUCCAAUAUCGUCUGACUACAAUUCGUCGUCAUGUGCGAUUGACAGAAAUAGUUGGAUGAAGGCGUAUGUUAAGCAGGAGGGAGAAUAUGGAAAUAUAAGUGAAGGCGACCAUUUUGCUGCCGAAUUAGAUGAAAAGCAAACUGGACAGUUAGACGUAAAUAUUGACGAGGAAAGAAUGUGCCAGUGCAUGCAUGGCGGUGAGAAUUUCUCAAAACACCUUGUUUAAAAAUGAAACGUCUGCAGGCCAGUGGACGUUAGGACACUCUUAUCUUCAUCAAGAUCAAAGGCAGGGACGGUGUUGAUGAAUUCAUUAGACGAGCAAAAUCGGACAUUUUGCAUCUGGCACAGACAUUAGGCGAAUGCUGCAAGUCGGCUUUGGCAAGUACGCGUGACCACCAAACGCAACCACAUUGCGCCAAACGUGUCUAACUUGGCUGCCUGCGAGCCGUUUUCUUCGUCCGACUUGUCUGUCUAACGCACAUUUUUAUCGCUCUGGUCCUAAGUAACAAAGAUUUCUUUCACCUUAUUAAAUUAUAUUGUAUUAAUUACACAGAAUCUGAGUGAAUAGAUCAAAAAAUAUACUACUAAUGUACUAAAAAUUUGAGCUGAGAGUAGCUGCUAAACGUCCAAAAAUUUCACUUGUGGUCCUUCGAUGAAAGUAUAUCAAAACUGUAAUCAAUUAUUAAGUUUGAUAUCUUCAGUAAAUCCGUAAAAAAAUUCAGAAUAGCUUAAAACAAUCGUACUAGAGAGGGCGCAGAUAUCACACACAGCGACAUCUAUUGAUUGUAAAAAACCCGAAGAAUACAUUUUUGCUUUUAUAAGUUAUACUCUCAUCUAAGAUUAUAGUUCAAACAAAUCUUCAUUACGGAAUUAUUUGGAACCUUCGAUACGGGCUGAAGAAUCAAUAAACUUCUUGUUUAUGAAAAAAUGAAAACAUUUGGCUGGAAAUUAUGAUUUCGCUCUUAACAAUAAUACUUUUGUAUAAUAUGAUAAUCCUGAUGAUUUAUUUUAAAUAGAAAAAUUGGUAUUUACUUUCGAUUUCAUAUCCUAUUAUAUCUUUAUUGUUUUUCAAUAAAAAAUGUAUGCA